AAACAAACACAUCACGUUCACACACCUUUUCUAGAUUCUUUCUGCUCUUGAUAGUAAGUCAACUCAUCUCAUAUUCUCAUCCAAGUCUAUUUGCAACCAUAUUCCAUAAACUCUCUCCAAAGAUUUGAUUUUUAUAGAAUCCUUCAAGCAUACCUCAAUGGCAUAUUCUUCAACUUCAUCCAUUCGCAAGAGCUUUAAGUAUGAUGUGUUUUUGAGUUUUAGAGGUGAAGACACUCGUUCCAAUUUCGUGGAUCACCUUUAUUACGCUCUUCAGCAGAAAAACAUUCACACAUACAAGGACGAUGAGGGAAUUAAGAAAGGGAAAAGGAUCAGUGAUGAGCUCAUCAGAUCGAUUGAAGAGUCUAGAUUUUACAUCAUUAUUUUCUCCAAGAACUAUGCCUCUUCUUCUUGGUGUUUAGAUGAGCUUGUGAAGAUAAUGGAAUGUCACGGGACUACAGAGCAUACUGCUUAUCCUGUCUUCUAUGAUGUUGAGCCAUCUGAAGUACGCAGACAAAGUGGGACAGUUGAAGAAGCCUUUUCCAAGCACAAAAUGGAAGAGGCUUCUGGGAAAUGGAGGGAGGCUCUUAAAGAAGCUGCUGAUCUUGCUGGGUGGGAGUUAAAGAACACUACUGAUGGGCAUGAAGCAAAAUUCAUCCAAAAAAUAGUUGAAGAGCUUUCACUAGAGUUACGAUCCAUUAGUUUGACAGUUGAUGAAAAAUUAGUAGGAAUGGAGACUCGAAUCAAAGAUGUUGUAUCAUCCUUAGGAAGUGGUAUCGAUGAUGUUCGCAUGAUUGGGAUCAAGGGGAUGGGAGGUGGUGGGAAGACGACUUUGGCAAGAGCUGUUUUUGAUCAAAUAUCCUUUCAGUUUGAAGGUAAAAGCUUCGUGGAGAAUGUGAGGGAAGUUUCAAAUGCUUCUCUGUCCGGUUUGAAGUCUUUGCAAAAACAAAUCCUUCGGGAUGUCUUAAAUGAUAAAUGCAUCAGUGUAAGUAGUGUGUAUGAUGGGAAACACGUUAUCAAGAGGAUGAUGCAUGAUAGAAAGGUUCUUGUUGUUCUAGAUGAUGUGGAUAAUAUCGACCAACUUGAGGCAUUGGCAGGUGAAACUAAUUGGUUUAAGCCGGGCAGUAGAAUUAUCAUCACAACAAGAGAUGAACAAGUGCUAGUUUCACACCGUGUGCAGUUUAUACGUGACAUCAAUCUGUUAUCAGAUAAAGAAGCAGUUUGCCUCUUCAGUAGGUAUGCAUUUGGUAGAGAUAGUCCAAUUCAAGGGUAUGAGAAGCUAUCUAGAGAAGUUAUACGUUAUGCAGCUGGUCUCCCCUUAACGCUAAGAGUUUUGGGUUCGUUUCUUUGUGGUAAAAUUGAGCUUGAAUGGAUAGAUGCCCUAGAAAGACUUAAAACGAUUCCAUUAUCAGAAACUUUGAAAAAAUUAGAAUUAAGCUAUAUUGGUCUAGAGGAGGAUUACAAGGAAAUAUUCCUAGAUGUUGCAUGCAUUUUGAAAGGUUGGCCGAAGGAGAUUACAAUCAAAGCGCUUGAAAGCUGUGGAUUUCAUGCUAGAAAUGGUUUAAGAGUUCUUGAGCAAAAAUCUCUCAUAACUAUUUCUGAUAAUAAUUUGUGUGUGGGCAUGCACGACCAUAUUGAAGAAAUGGGCAGGAAUAUUGUCCGUCGUGCCCAUCCAGAUAAGCCUUAUAAACAUAGCCGAUUGUGGAUUAGUGAUGAAAUUGAAGAUAUAUUGGCUAACGAUUUGGGUACCAAAGCAACAAGAUAUAUAAAAUUCCACAAUUGGAAGCUCAAUCCGCACAUUAUUAUAAAAGGUCUUAGAAAGAUGAAGGAACUAAGAUUUCUUUCAAUGGAUCUGGGAUAUCGUUUGCAGUGUUGGGAAUUUGAUAUUGUCAGCCCAGACUUCCCAAAUGCUUUACGAUAUCUGGAUUUGAAGCAUUACCCCUUUAGUUCUUUACCGGAAACAUUUCAAGCAAAUAAUCUUGUCGCACUUGAGAUGGUUGACAGCAAAAUCAUACAACUUUGGGAAGUGGGAGAAAGAAAGGUUCUUAACAAGCUCAAAUACCUUGACCUCAGUCGUUCCAUGUUGAGGACCCUUGACCUUGGACUUACUCCAAAUCUCGAGACAUUGAAUCUUGGAGGAUGUUCCAACUUGGAGGAUCUUCAUAUUCCCAUUGGAUGUUUAAAGCUCAUGUCUAUUAACAUCAGUAUGUCAAGGUUGAGGACCCUUGACCUUAGGUUUGCUCGGAAUCUCAAGAAGUUAUUACUUGACAAAUGCUUCGAUUUGAUAGAUCUUCACAUGCCGAGUUGUUCAAAUCUCGAAGUACUACUACUCUCUAGGUCAAAGUUAAGAACCCUUGACAUCAAGCUGACUCCGAAUCUCAAGUAUUUGGAUCUUAAUAAUUGUUAUUAUUUGGAAGAACUUCACAUGGCUAAUGUAUGUGAAAAUCUCACCUAUCUUGAAAUUAGUCAUUCAAAGUUGAGAACCCUUGACCUUGGGUUGACUCCAAAUCUGGAGAGGUUAGAUCUUAAUACAUGUUCUAAUUUGGUAGAACUUCACACUCCCAUUAGAUGUCUACAAAAGCUUAUCUACUUAGACGUAAGUGGUUGCUUGAGGUUUAGAGAUUUUUUGUUUAACCUAAAGUGUGAUGCUUCUUGUAGUGUGGAGGAAUCACUUGAGGUUGUUCCUUUAGCUGAGUUACAUGUUGUUGCAAAGUCCCUAGAUCAAUGCCCACUUCACCCCGACAACGACUUGCCAAACUUCCGCUUUAGUUAUUUUUAUAAGGAAGAUCACCACUCAUUGACUAGAAAUCUUGAGAUGCUUAUUUCUAUAGGUAUGUGUGCUUGCACAAACCUUGAGACAUUUUCAGGAAGCAUUUGUGGGUUACAACGUUUAAGGAAGCUUAAACUAGAAGGCAGUAUUCAAGAGGCGCCCAAGGACCUCGGCCAGUUAGAAUGUCUUGAGGAGCUGAUUUUCUUGUCUACAAAGAUUAAUCAUCUUCCGGAGAGCAUGUGUAAGCUGAAACAUCUUAAAUCUCUGAAACUUAUAUCCUGUUGGUUUCUUGAGAAGUUACCCGAGGAUCUUGGCGGAUUAGAACGUCUAGAGGAGCUGACUUUGUUUUGUACAUUGAUUAAAGAUCUUCCAGAUAGCAUUUGUAUGUUGAAACAUCUGAAAUCUCUCGAACUGUUCUCUUGUUCAUUGCUUGAGAAGUUACCUGAGGAGUUUGGCCGAUUAAAACUGCUGGAAAAGCUAGAGUUGUCGCAUGCAAAGAUUACACAUCUUCCAGAUAGCAUUUGUAUGUUGCAACAGAUGAAACAUAUCGACCUUCAUAAUUGUUCGUUGCUUGAGAAGUUACCUGAGGAUCUUGGCCGAUUAGAAUGUUUAGAGAAGCUAAUCAUAAUAAACUGUAAGUUAUUACAGAAUAUCCCGAUAAGCAUCUGUAGGAUGAAAUGUCUAAAAGAUUUCCAUCUCCGCUAUUGUAUUGGGAUUGAGAAAUUGCCUGAGGAACUUGGAAGUUUAGAUUGCUUAAAAGAGUUAGAUAUAGAAGGUACAAUCAUAAGCCAUCUUCCACAGAGUAUUCUUUUGUUGAAAGGUCUCCGUAUUAUUGGGUCGAGAGAGCUUCUUCGGUCAUCUGGUUUUACAUCAGAGAUACGAAUCCAAGAACACGAAACAUCGUGUUACGUAGUGGUGGGAUGAUUUUGAGAAGCUCAAAAGACCUGGAAAAGGCAGUUCACAAAGAACUAUUGUAACAGGUACUUUCUCUGUUUUCUAGUGGUCGUGCAUCUUACUUUGAUUUCAAUGGACAUUGAUCUGACAAUAAGUAAAUCAUAAGCUAAAAAUAAACAAAUUAUAUUUAUAUACAUACGAGAAGAAUCCUUGAUAUAGUUCUAAACAUGGUUUCAUUGACUAUCCAUUCAUCGUUUGUGUUAAGAUUGGAGCCUUAUCCGAUUUGAAAAACUGGCCAGACUUCACAGACCCAACGGGUGAAAUUUCAUUUUCGUGCACUGUCAGUGUUAAAUUAUGUGUAUAAUCCUGAUAUGCAAAAAUGUUAAACCGUUAGAGAUAAAUGCAAGAAAUAGCUAUGUACCUUUUAAUUUUUAUUCACCACUCCCUUUUUCUUAUUGCAGGUGUCAGGUUUUUAUCAUUUAUUUGGCAAUGAUCCUGAUGCCAUUGUUACCGGAUAAUCUGAAGUCCAAGUUAAGCUACAAUAGAUCAUCCACAUUGUUUUGAAAUGGCUUUUAUUGAAUCAAAUGACAUUCUAAUUUAGUUUGCAAAUCAUUUCAAAACAUAAUUACAUGCGCAUUUGUGACUAGAGUAUGAUGAUCCAAUCAUUUGAACAUCAAAAAAGUGAAUCAAGUUCCAAAAUUGUUAUAGCUUAGAUGGAAUCCACAAUUGUUAUAGCUUCGAA